GUUAGAAACACCUGUUGAGUCUUUUGUUGAGUUACAGAUCAAAUGUUUGGGCUAUUUGAGUUUCAUAGUUGUGAUUAGACAUUUGCGAAGACAUUCUUGAGAAACAGAAGAUGAGAAGCCUCUGUGUGGUUGAUCGAUACAGCUACGUGUCCAUUGUUAUUGGGCGAGGCCGACAGCUUGCCGCUAUUUAGUCUUCAGUCGCACUCAAGAUCCUCACUGGAGAAAGCAGCUGCUGAAGAUGGAGGCCUCUACAGACGAUUUCUCAGAGUUGGAGAGUGGUAUGGCCAGUAUCAUUAAAGUUUUCCAUAAAUACUCGGGUCAGAACUGCACGCUGAGGAAGGCAGACCUUAAAGCUCUCAUCAACAAUGAGAUGAAUCACUUCAUCAAGAAAAUUAAGGACAAGAAGAUCCUGAACCAGCUCUUCACUGAUCUGGACCAGAACAGAGACCUGGAGAUCGACUUCAAAGAGUUCGUAGCCCUCAUCGCCAUGGUUACUUCAGCAUGUCACGAAAUCUUCAACCAGACCCACAAGCAUUGAUCAGUAUGUUUGCA